CCUGCUACCGGACCCUGGAAUGUUAGGCCAGUGGUUGCCAUAGCGACUGAACGGCAAGAGGCUAGACUGACCAGGUAGGAGCCAACUCCUGUUGAGGGGCCGGUCCUUGAGGUCGUGAGGAGGACUCGGUGCACUCCAUGGGACACCCACUGAGACCUCCGGACUCGGGGUGUUUAGAAGAAUGCGAGGCUGAGGUUUUCCUCAAACUGAUUGAACAUGCCCCAGAGCUUCGCUAACAUGGACAGCAUUCUCCUGAAAGAUGAAGACCCUGACAAACGGAUCAAGCAUGGCGACAAAGUACAGAAAGGUUUUACAGCUGCGUACCCAACUCAAGCCUCCAUUCCUUAUAAAUACAGAAUAUCAAUAAUCCCAGAAUCAGAAAAAAAGGGAUUUAACAGCCAAGCCAGGAGAUUCUAUCACAAAAAGGACGACAUCCCAGGCCCUGGGUUCUACAAUGUCAUCCACCAGUCUCCAGUGUUCAACAAUGUCUCUCUUUCCAAGAGAGGAACCUGCACUUUUCCCUCCACGUGUGCCCGGCUGGGCAACAUCAUUUCUAAAUAUCCUGCUGCCAAUGCCUACACCAUCCCCUCAGAGUUGGUUUCCAAGAAGGACUUCAGCAAUUCCUGUUCUAGCAUGUUCCAGCUGCCAAGCUUCAUGAAAGUGGUCAAAUCGGAAACCCCUGCCCCAAACCAGUACCAUGCCGCCAGCGCCAGCUGCAAACAGAGAAGCAAUCUCUCUGCUCGAGUUGGGUUUCUGUCAAAAACAGAAAGAGGAGUCUUCCCCUUGGCCUGCUCAGGAGGGCCAGCUCCAGGGCACUAUAAUGUCAACGAAUCUUUGGUGAAGCAGUCGCCAAAGAUCUUAGUGUCCUGCUUCAAAUCCAAAACUGGUCGUGGAUUAAAACUGACGUCAACAGGCCCAGGGCCUGGUUACUACAACCCCAAUGAACACACCAAGAUUCUGAAAAAGCCUCAUAUCCCGAAAGGUACGCUCCUGAACUUUUCUGCCCAUCCUCUGCCUCUGCCCCCAAAGCCACCUCUUCCUGGUCCUGGUCAGUACGAGAUUGUGGACUACGAGGGACCCCCUAAGCAUUUCAUCUCCAGUGCGUCAUUUGUGUCCAAUACCAGCCGGUGGCCAGUACUGUCAUCCAAACCAAGCCUGCCCGGCCCAGCCACAUACAAGCCAGAGAUCCCAGGGAAGCAGUCUUUCCUGUACAAUGAGGACAACAAGUGGAUCCCAGCCAUCUAGUGAUGCCCCAGAAGCUGGCGGCGAGGCUCAUCCAGCCAGGCCCCAGACCCUGCUCCCCAGGACACCCAUCAGCAGAACACGCCUUUCCUCUGUCACCCAGCCCAGGGUCACAUACUGUCUGGAGCUGCCUUCUGGAGACUGGCCACCCCUGCCUCUCCCGUGUGUUCCUGAACAGAAAAGAGGAGCGGGCAGAGUUCUCUGGCUCUGUCUAUGUCAGCCUCCAAGUUGGCUUUGGUGACUCGCCUCCCCAGAGUUAAGGGAACUUGAAACAUGGACUCUGAUGUGGAGGCCCCAGCCUACUGCCAAGACAGCCUGUGGUGAAUUCCUUGCUUAGAAGCCUGUCAGCCAGAGCUCUGAGGCCUGGUCCUCGGGCCCUGACCUCCAGUUGCCCUUGACUUCUGACAGGCAGGAAUCUUGGAGGUGCCUGCAACAGAAACACAGGGAUAUUCUCUGAGCACCCCUGCCCUCCGCUAUGACUUGUUAUCAUACAGCAGGAACAUGGAAACCACUCAUGAAUCACUCAUUAACCAUGGACUUGUAGGCUCUGUAUUCAUCAGCAGACAAGGCAGGACCCAGCUGGAACCAUGGUCCCCAGGGCAGGGAGGACCUGUGUCCCUUCCUCCAUGCUCUCACUUCCCCAUCCUUGCCUCGCCUUUCCGACUUCCAACUCCCGUUGUGAGAAAGCAUCAGUUUCUAAGUUGGAUGCUGUCUCUAACAGACCACAGCAAUGGCGAGAGGAAGAGCUGACCAAGAACCGAGACGAAAUUAAACGACCACACAUCCGCUCUUUCCCCAGGUGUUGAUAAUGUCUGCCACGUUUCUAGAUGGAAUCCUCCUGGGCUCCCUUCCCUCCUCCAGCCCCUGAUCCCUUACCAGGAUGCCUGGGCCUCUUGCUUGCUUCCCAGGGCCCCUUCCUUGAAGUUCUGUGCAUCCGGGGCCUCCCAUUCAGACUGGCUUCCUGACUGGGGUUGGGGCAAAGCAUGAGGAAGAGGGAGGGAAGGGAUAAAGAAACUUAUCCAAUUAAAUGGAAUUAUUGCUUCUCA